GCUUCUUCUUCUUCUUCCGCUCUUGUUUCUCUCUCUCUCUCUCUUUGAUUCGCAAAUACACAAAGGAAAGUGAAAUAGAAAUAUGCAAAGACGCACCAUAUACGCAUGGGCAGUGGCGAUUGUCUGCUUCGUAGUACUGAUGAUUGUGACUCCGGCCAUUCCUCAAUCUGAAGAAUAUCAUGAUUUCGCUGAUCAACGCGAAUUCUUUGGAAUACCUAAUACUCUGAAUGUCAUUUCGAAUUUUCCUUUCCUUGUUAUUGGUGUGAUUGGACUUGUGCUUUGCUAUCAUGGGAAUUAUUUUAAGCUGAGCCUGCAAGGUGAGCUUUGGGGUUGGACAUGUUUUUUCUUUGGUGUGGCUGCUGUUGCUUUUGGCUCUGGAUACUACCAUCUCAAGCCUGAUGAUGCUCGCCUUGUGUGGGAUCGCCUGCCAAUGACUGUUGCAUUCACAUCGAUCAUUGCGAUUUUUCUCAUUGAAAGGAUUGAUGAGCGAAAGGGCGCAAUAUCCAUCUUACCUUUAAUAUUGGCCGGUAUUAUAAGCAUUGCAUAUUGGAGGUUUUUUGAUGACCUCCGCCCAUAUGCACUAGUCCAGUUUGUUCCUUGCAUUGCUAUUCCACUAAUGGCUAUCUUGUUACCUCCAAUGUAUACCCAUUCUGCAUAUUGGCUUUGGGCAGCAGGAUUUUAUCUUUUAGCUAAGGUGGAAGAAGCAGCAGAUAAACCAAUUUACAGAUGGACUCAUCAUAUUGUCAGUGGGCACACCCUCAAGCAUUUAUGUGCAGCAAUGGUUCCUGUCUUCUUGACACUUAUGCUUGCAAAGAGGAGUAUUGAAACAGAGAGGAUAAGUCUCUACAAGAGGUGGAAGAUUUCAUGGACAGAAGUCAAAGAAAAUGGUGCAAAGGUGGAAAGUUAUACUUGUACCUAUACAAAUGUACCAGUUGCCGAAUCACCUUAAUCCGAUACACACGAAUAUCAUUCAAUGUGAUUGAGCAUUUGUAUGUAGACCAAAACCAAAAAGUUCACUCUAACCUGGUUACUGAACACUGGAUCAACUUACAGAAUAGAAUUGUUUUUGUACUGCUAUUUGAAUUUGUGUAUAUUGUAUCACUUAACUAUUUUGUAUAGGCAGAAAGAAAUACAUGGACUAGUGGAUUUUGUUCA